AUGUCAUCAGAUAAAAAUGGUAUACAUGGAUUAAAUAGUAAUAAAAAAAAUACUAGUCAUUUACAAGAUUUAACAAAUGAUAUAAAAAAUAUAUAUAAAAAUUAUACUUCAAAUAAUAAUAAUAAUAGUAGUAGUAACAAUGGUACUAGUCAUGAUUCCAGUCACAAUGAUAGUAUUGAAAGUUUAGAGUCUCAAAAUAAUCAAGGACAAACAACUUAUACUUAUAAAUUUCAAUCACCUAAUUCUCAAAAUCAUAAUCAUAAUGAAAAUCAAAAUUUACCAUCUGUUCAUAUUUCAUCAAGAUUAUCAUCAUUAGAAGGAUCAGAAUUGGGGGAAGCUAUAGCGAAAAGUGCACCAGGAACUCCAUUAUCAAUAAAUUCAUUUGAUUUUAGACCAAGAUACCCUAGAGCUAUAACUAAUUCUUCGUUAAAUGUAUUAUUAGAUACUCCCAAUGGAGAUAAUGAAUUUAAACAAUCAUCACAACCAAAUAGUAAUAAAAUUAUAAAUGAUGAAAACGAUGGAAUACCUAGAUCAUCAGAAUAUAUUGAAGAUGAAGAAAAUUGGGAAAAUAAAGGUGCAGCAAUAAGAAAAAUGGAAACUCCUACAGGAGAAAUUUCAACUAUAAGAAGAAGUGUAAAUGAUUUCAAAUUUGGUAAAGAGUUAGGAGAAGGUUCAUAUUCAACUGUUAUACUAGCAACUGAUAAAAUUACUUCAAAACAAUACGCUGUAAAAGUAUUAGAUAAAAGACAUAUUAUAAAAGAAAAAAAAGUAAAAUAUGUCAAUAUUGAAAAACAUGCAUUAAAUAGAUUAAGUAAUAGAAUGGGAGUUAUAUCAUUGUAUUUUACAUUUCAAGAUAAAGAUUCAUUGUACUUUGUAUUAGAUUAUGCAGCAAAUGGUGAAUUAUUAACAUUAAUUAAAAAAUAUAAUACAUUAAAUGAAGAUUGUACAAGAUAUUUUGGUGCACAAAUUUUAGAUGCAAUAAAAUAUAUGCAUGAUAAUGGAGUUAUUCAUAGAGAUAUAAAACCAGAAAAUAUUUUGUUGGAUGACAAAAUGAGAAUUCAAAUUACUGAUUUUGGAACUGCAAGAUUACUAGAAAAAAAAGAUGAUGAAAGUGAAGAUUAUCCAGUUGAUGUUCGAGCUAAAUCAUUUGUUGGAACUGCAGAAUAUGUUUCACCAGAAUUAUUAGAAAGUAAAUAUUGUGGGAAACCAGGUGAUAUAUGGGCUUUUGGUUGUAUUAUAUAUCAAAUGAUUGCUGGUAAACCACCUUUUAAAGCAACAAAUGAAUAUUUAACUUUUCAAAAAAUUACAAAAUUACAAUAUGCAUUUAGUGCUGGAUUUCCAAAUAUUAUUCGUGAUUUAAUUAAAAAGAUUUUGGUACUUCAACCUUCCAAAAGAGUUACAAUUCCAGAAAUUCAAAAUCAUUUCUUUUUCAAACCAAUAAAAUUUGACGAUUUUGAUCAACUUUGGUUAAGUAGUCCGCCAGAGAUUGGUCCUUAUAAAAUGAGUGCAAAAUCAAUGAUGAAAGUUCCAAAUGUUAUAAAACAUUCACCAACAAAUAUAUUACCUAAAAAGAAAACGAAAAAACCAACAACUAACGAAGUAAAAUCAGCUCCAUCAACUCCAAGUAUACCAAUGAAUAAUGACUCACCAUUAACAAGAACAACUACAAAUGGAAUUGUUACUACAAAUGGAGGAGAAAAAGUAAAUGCAGCUAAUGCAGCAGCAGCAGCCUUAAAUAAACCAUCUACUUCAGAAUCAAGUUUAGCAGAUGACUCAUUAAACACAGGAUCCAAACCCAGCUCCAAUGACAGUAGAAGAAGUUCAAGAGCUUCACAACCAGAUUAUAUUCCAGGUACAAAUAUCUUACGUCCUCAAAUUAAUACAAGACCUUCUGUACAAUCAUAUUCAAGAACUUCUUCAGCAAGAGAAAAACCAAAACCACCACCAAUCAAAACUACUAAACCAGAAGUUAUGGAAGUUACACCAUUAAGUACAUUAGAAGCUGCAUGGGGUUCAUUUCUUGAUCAUCAAGAUGAAAGAAUUAUUCGUGUUGGACCAGUAAUAGUUCAUAAAGAAGGCACUGAUGCAUUUGAACGUAAACAUAGAGGUUUAUUACAUGCAUCACCAUUAGUUGCUGGUAAGACUCAAAGAAGUAGAUCAAAUACAAGUUUACUUUCACAAAUGGUAAAUGGAGUACCAGAAACAACAUCAGAAUUUGUUGAUGAAAACGUAGCAAUAACGGAACCACAAGAAGUCAAAUACUUGAAAAAAUUACAAAAGAGAAAAGAAAGUAAAAAAAGUGUUGAACUAGAGAGAUCACCAUCAACAGGUUCAAAUUUAAUUAAAAAACAUUCCAUAUUUAGAAAAUUGGGACUUAGUCAAUCAGAUAAAAAGGAUGGGACUGAAGAAAUUACAAACCCUUUCACACUUGAUAAACCUCAAACUUGUACAAUGGUAGUGACAACUCAUGGAAGAGCUUUAGUUUUUGCAAGAAAAGAUUUAGAAUCUCCUUAUAAAUUAAUUUUAGAAGUUAAAUUAAAAUAUCCUUUCAUAAGAUUUCAAGAAUUAGUAACUCCACAAACUAAAUUUUCAAAAUUAUUACCAUCUGUUGGAGUAUUUCUUAUAACAUCAAUUGAUCUGUCAUACAUUUUUGAAGUUGAAAAAUAUGAAGUAAAUCAAUGGACUGAAGCAUUAGCUAAAGGUAAAACCAAUGAAAUAGAAAGAGAGAAACUUCCAAAUGAUCAAAGAGCACCUCAAAAAAGACAAACAAGUUCAUCAUCAUCAUCAAAUUCUCCAAUUGAACCACCACCCCCACCACCACCAGUUGUCGCUCCAAAACCUGUAACUACUACGAGAAAGACUACCAAUAAAGAGUCACCAAAAUUAAUGGACUCACCAUCAUUUUUCACACCACCCGUAAUAUUAAAACCAACAAGAUCUUCAUCUAAAUCACCUACAAACCAUCAUUCAAAUGCACAACCUUCACCAACAAAGGAACCUUCAACAACAACAACAACUCACACUUCAAAACCAUCAAGUAUGCUAAAAUCAAGGAUGCAAAGAUCAACACCAAAAAGAAAACCACCACCAGUCUCACCACCAAAUGAAUUAAAUGUACAUACAGGAUUACCCAAAACUUCCAACGAAACGGGAUUCUUACACGCAGCUCAAUUAGCAGUAUCGCAAAAUGCACAUAAUCCAAUAUCAACAAAUAGAAGAUCAAGUUUCACAAAAGAAGAUGGUUCUAAAAUCGAUCCAAAUAAAUCAAAAAUUUAUCCCAGUAGAAAUGGUAGUGGUGGUCAUUAUAAUUAUAAUAGUUCAUCUUCACCAAUAAAUAAUCCAAAUUCACCAAUGGUUACCAGUAUGAAUUCAAAAUUAUUAGCAAGAAGUAAUAGAAAAUGA